AUGGCGAGACUGAAUAAUACACUUAUUGUCUACAAACGUAAACCCUACAAACCGGUUCCGAGUUUGGUUGCCGCACACCGACGAAACACGCUCGAGUCAAGGAAGGGGAAUGGAACGGAGAACGGCGGAGUUGCAAAGAAGGGCAAACAAGCUACUACACCGGGAGAGAGUUCUGUUCAAAAGCCCUCUGGAACGGCCAAUCAAUUGAACAAUAUGGUUGGUUCGAGGGCACUGGUUGCGCAAAUGAUUGUGAGCACAACAGAUGGAGAGGAAACCAAUAAGAGUUCGACAGAGCAAGUAAUGAUUGAACCCAAAGCUCAUGUAGAGGAAAGAGGGGAUGGCGAGGGAGAUGGUCAGAAGGACAAAGAGGACAACGAAGCUGAAGUUCAGAACAAGCCUCAGCAAGAAGUGGCACUUCCGAAUCCGUUGCAGUCUCGAGGACCAUCAACGACGGCUAAGAAAGCACUUGCAAAGAGGACUGCCGAGUUACAAAAUUCGCGACUUCGCCAAGAGAAAAGAACGCCGCUCAGUAGGUUGAAAAGGGCACAACAUUCAACUCCGGACAAUAAACUGGGAUUGACGGAGGAUCUACCGACAGAGAAAGAUACUCCUCGCGGCGAAGGAAGUCGAAGAAAGCUGGCUGGUGCAAUGCUAACAUCCGGUAAAGAAGCUGAAAUUGUAGCUUCAGCAAAGAAGCCAAAGCCUAGCGGCAAUCCAAUUGGCAAUCCGAAAGCUUUGGCCGAGGUACUCGCUCCUGUCAAACAAGCCAUGGAACUCGCUCCUGUAGUCGAACAAACCAAGGAGCCUACUCCUGUAGCCGAACAAACCGAGGAACCUACUCCUGUAGCCGAACAAACCAAGGAACCUACUCCUGUAGCUGAACAAGCCAAGGGACUCACUUCUAUAGUCGAACAGGCCGAAGAUGAGGAUGGUUCCGAGGAAGAAAAUGUGACCGAGACUAAAGCCAAAAACUCUUAUCAACCGGAUAUAGUGCACCAAUCUCGGUUGGAUGGCGAGAAUAAUAAGCAAUGGCUUAUAGAGUGGAAAGGAUAUCCAAAACAAAAAGAUUGGACUUGGGAGUCAGUCGAGAUGUUGAGGGAGGAUUGCCCAGAAUGGGUCGAGGAAAAGGAGAACGGUUCGUUGAAUGGAGACGCUGAUGUUCACGAGGUCGAGGCAAUUCUGGACAAGCGGAAGGUUAGGGGCAAGGUUCAAUAUCGUGUGAAGUGGGAGGGUUGGGAAGCCAAUUACAAUACAUGGGAACCUGCGGAAAUGCUGGAAUGUGAUGUCCCGUACAUGGUGGAGGAUUUCGAAAAAGAGCUAAAGAAGACCGAGAAGAAACGAAGUGUAGGAAAAGCAGAUAUGGAUGCAGAGCUACCUGCCGCAAAGAAAAGAGGCCGACCUAGAAAGUGA